AUGCACCUUGCCGUCCACGGGCAGGCCAAGCGCGGCACAGCACAGCACAGCAGAGCACAGCACAGCACAGCACAGCACAAGCACAAGCACAAGCACAAGCACAAGCACAAGCACAAGCACAAGCACAAGCACAAGCACAAGCACAAGCACAAGCACAAGCACAAGCACAAGCACAAGCACAAGCACAAGCACAAGCACAAGCACAAGCACAAGCACAAGCACAAGCACAAGCACAAGCACAAGCACAAGCACAAGCACAAGCACAAGCACAAGCACAAGCACAAGCACAAGCACAAGCACAAGCACAAGCACAAGCACAAGCACAAGCACAAGCACAAGCACAAGCACAAGCACAAGCACAAGCACAAGCACAAGCACAAGCACAAGCACAAGCACAAGCACAAGCACAAGCACAAGCACAAGCACAAGCACAAGCACAAGCACAAGCACAAGCACAAGCACAAGCACAAGCACAAGCACAAGCACAAGCACAAGCACAAGCACGAGCACGAGCACAAGCACGAGCACAAGCACAAGCACAAGCACAAGCACAAGAAAAUCACAGGAUGA